AUGAUUGAGGUUCAGGCGAACGAUAGGCUAGGUAAAAAGAUUAGAGUCAAGUGUCUACUCGAGGACACCAUUGGGGACUUGAAGAAGGUGCUUUCGUUGCAGAUUGGCACUUCGUAUGAGAAGAUCGUGUUGAAGAAAGGGCACCGGGUUUACAAGGACCACAUUUCGUUGGACGACUACGAGGUUCAUGACGGGUUCAACUUUGAGUUGUAUUAUGUUUGA